ACUCCCUGUCUCUUGCAUAUGAUCUGCUCUACACUUCCUCCCAGCUGAAGCAGGAGAUAACAACAAUACCCUACGUACAGUGAGCACAAAAGAAGAACCGGAAAAGAAAAGGAAGAGACUGCUGUGGAUUCUGAAGAUCAGAAGGACACUGCUGCCUGUGACUUGAGUGAGAGAGCAUCUGAAGCAAGAUUCGGCAGCAGGCUACCUUGAGUUAAAGCUUUUGCCUGGCUGCCACAUUCAACAAUGAGUCGAAGGGAGGCUUUGGUGGGGAACCCUGCGCCCAGCGUGGCACCUGAAGUACCGGGCAACAGCACAGAGGUGGCAGGGCCCGGGCCCCACGAGACCAAAGAUGAGAUGUUCUCCAAAGUCAAAGACAAGUUCAUGAAUGAACUGCACAAAAUCCCACUGCCAUCAUGGGCCAUCAUCGCCAUUGCAUUUGUUGCUGUUGUACUAGUAGUUUCCUGCUGCUUUUGCAUCUGCAAAAAGUGGAUAUUCAAGAAGAAGAACAAGAAAAAGGGCAAAGACAAGGGCAAAAAUGCCAUCAACAUGAAGGAUGUCAAUGACGGUAUCAAAACCGAGGCCUUGAAGGAUGAGGAUGAUGCGGAAACAGGGCUGACGGACACAGAGAAAGAGGCAGAGCCUAAGGAGGAAGAGAAACUUGGCAAAUUACAGUACUCCAUGGACUACAAUUUCACAGAGAAUACGCUCAUAGUGGGGAUUAUCCAAGCAGCAGAGCUGCCCGCCAUGGAUAUGGGUGGCACUUCUGACCCCUACGUUAAGGUCUACCUUCUUCCAGACAAGAAGAAGAAAUUUGAGACCAAGGUCCACCGAAAGACGUUGAACCCCGUUUUUAAUGAGCAGUUCACCUUUAAGGUUCCCUACACUGAGUUGGGAGGAAAAACUCUAGUGAUGACGGUAUAUGACUUUGACCGCUUCUCCAAACAUGAUGCCAUUGGAGACGUGAAGGUUACCAUGAAUAAGGUGGACUUUAGUCAUGUGACUGAGGAGUGGAGAGACAUUCAGAGUGCUGAGAAAGAAGAGCAAGAAAAGCUGGGUGACAUCUGUUUCUCUCUGCGGUAUGUGCCCACUGCUGGCAAACUGACCGUGAACGUUCUGGAGGCCAAGAACUUGAAGAAGAUGGAUGUUGGUGGCCUGUCAGAUCCCUAUGUGAAAAUCCACCUGAUGCAAAACGGCAAGCGGUUGAAGAAGAAGAAGACGACAAUCAAAAAGAACACCCUCAACCCUUACUACAACGAGUCUUUCAGUUUCGAAGUGCCAUUUGAACAAAUCCAGAAAGUUCAAGUUGUUAUAACUGUUCUGGACUAUGACAAGAUUGGCAAGAACGAUGCCAUCGGCAAAGUGUUUGUGGGCUUGAAUAGCACAGGCACUGAGAUCCGUCAUUGGUCAGAUAUGCUGGCCAACCCGAGGAGACCCAUCGCCCAGUGGCAUGUGCUCAAGCCAGAGGAGGAAGUGGACGCCCAGCUGGCUGCUCAGAAAAAAUAAAGCAUCCCCAUGCACCCCCCACCCCACCAGUGUAGUUCUCUUUACCCCGUGCGUGUAAAUACCUCAGUGAAAUAAGGAUUCAUGCACCCUCACUCCUACUUUUGUGUCUAGCAAAUGGUACUUUGAGCACCACACCCCACCCCACCCCUUCAAGAUGUUGUGUUGUUACGUAGGCGUACGUUGUUACGCCCUCCAUUCUUCGAUAAACUUUCCUCUGUUGUUUUUUUGUUUCAUCUCCAUCCAUGACCUUAAAAAUUCCCAACCAAAUGCCCCCAUAUUUUAAGCAAUAUGAUCUGUAUAGAUAGCGCAUGACUGGAGGAAUUUAUUGUACAACAGGUGUAUAUAUCAGUAUGCAGACAAAAAUGAUUUCUAGUUUAUGUGUUUGUAUGUUGUUACCUGUUUCCUAAUCUGUGUAUAUCUCGAUGUUUUUAAUAAGAUGUUCUAUUUUAAAUUAUGUAAAUGCAGACAUAGAAGAGCCAAUAUUAUAUAUAAUGGGAUUUAAGAAUUUUAAGAAUUUUACCUUAUUACAUUCCACUAAAAUAUAUAUACAAUAUAUCUAUAUAUAAAUAUUUAAGAGUUAAUGAAUUCCAACCGGCAUGAUGCUAGUGGAGGUAAACUCACUUCGUAAAGGACGGUUUUGUGCUUCAUGUUUACUUAAAAACAUACAGAUAUAACAUGCACAUACAAUACACACAAAACUCAAAGGCCAUUAACAAAUAUGGUUUCAUGAUAUAAAUAUAAUAUGCUGCUGGAAGUUCUAGAAGCACAUGAUUUCAUAAUAACGUUUUUUGUACUAAUUUAUCAAGCUGAGGACCUGUACACUUUGCUUGAACCACUAUAUUCGAAAUAAUUCUUACUUGACAGAAACCAAUCAGCCUUUUUGUCCCACAUGGUGAUGCUGUUAACUUUUAGGAAAGCAGGUCCCCAGUUUGCUUCUUUCUUUAAACAAUAUAUGCUUUCUUUUAUCUUCCCAAAUCCAAUUUGUCCCCUUCACAAAACUAGAAAUUGACCAUUUACGGUACAGUCACAAGCUGUAGCCAUUGCAUUCCUUGAAGCUUGAUUAACAAUAAUUUGUGAACUGCUUUCUUUCAACAGUCCUGUUGUUGGACUUGUUUUGUUGAGGAAUUACAGUUCAGCCUCCAAAAAAUCGAACCAGGAGUUUUGACUCUAGCUUUAAGACAACUAUUUUCUAGAUUAAGUCAACAUCUUAAUAUUUUUGGUAACUGCAUGAUUUUUUUUACGAUCUUUGCUAAAGGCUGGGCAAUGGGGGAAGGAGUUAUACUUACACCGGGGCGUCUGUUUCAGAAGACUCCCAAAUGCCUUCAAUUAAAAGGUAAUCAGAGGUUGAGGGAUCGUCACAAUUUAAGCGAAACUUAAAAAGUGGUCAAUCCUGUGCUAUACAAUGUUGACUGGAGAAGAGGCAAGCUUUUAAACACUGCCAAUUUUUUCAGGGAGGUACGAAAUGUACACGACCCCUCCCUACAUGCACACUCCUCUUAGAUAGUGGUUGUAGAUUUGAUUCAUUGAGGAACAAUGUAUUUUUUGCCACAACGGUGCCCUAAACAGCAGUCUUUGCUUUCUGUUGCCUUUUCUCAGUGACAAUAGAGUUAGCCAUGCAUAACUGCCAAUCCUUUUCCCCUGUGGCUACUGUUUUGCACUGUACCAUCUCUAAAAAAAGACAUUUGUGUGUCAAGAAACUGCGAUAAUGUUGACUUAGUUUCAUUUAGGACACUGGGUUGGAAAACGAGCAAGAGCUCAGCUUGCACAGUCUAUUCAAUCGAAACCACAUGAAAGCACCAAUGCUAAUGUCUCGGCCAAGCAUUAGCAUUAGCGAAUCCUUUAACAAUAACCGUAAAAGUUAAUGGUCUGCACAGGUGAUUACAUUACAUACUAAUAUCCUUUACUACGGGUCUAACAGGAGAGUGAAUUGAAGUUUAGUCCAUUAAAACCAUGCGUUCUCUUGGGGGAACCUCUUGUGUACACUAGAUGCUAGCUUCGGGAGGACUUUCUAAGUGUUUUCAAUGUUACUGUGUAGGUGGUAGCACUCUUACUUAAAAACAAAAGAAGAAAAAAAGCUAUUUGUCAUACCAUAGGAGUCUUUAGGGACUGCUUUGUAUAUCACUGUGACUGCGGUGUGUGCUUAGCGUUGUAGUUUUCAGUAGGUAGCAGCCAUCUUGUACUAACUAGUGAUGUUGUGCUCCGAUUCCCCUAUUACAUGCAAAGAGCAUGAAAGUGUGUGAGUGAGAACACAUGUUGAGCAUCGUCAGUUUCUAAUACGCGUUGACCACCGGGAUGUCAGGUGGAGCUAUUCCCGAACGAGGCGAGAAGACUCCAAGCGUACGCGGGUCAGUCCACACAGCAUUUUGUUGAGCACUGUGCAAUAAUUGUGAGUUAAUUCUCUUGUAUUGAAAUGGGUGGUAUCGCCCAAUGGGGGACAAAAAAGAAAAAAAAGAAACCCUUUACAGUGAAAUGUAUUCCAUGACCAUAGUUCAGUAAGGUCACAGCACAUGUACAUUGUGUGUGGAUUGGAGCUCAACAUUUACAAACCUGUUAGGAUUCCUCCAUUUGUUCCCAUUGAGUUUUCCUGCACACAGAACUGACCUCCCAAACAUUUGGGUAUUCAUAUAGGAAGUACCCUAAACAUGAGAUAAUUUCUCUUUAUAUAUAUAUAUAUAUAAGUAUAUAUAUACAAAUAAAACCUUUCCUCCUCCCAAAUAGGUGUAUAUAUAUUUUUAUAUUUCUCCUGAUAUAAUUUCCUCAUUAUUGAAAUCACCAUGGAUAUAAGAGAAUUGUAUCAAUCUUGUUAUGGACACUUAUCUGUUGUACUUUUACUGUAAUAUGAUUGGCUGUACCAUUUUGUUAUCGCUGUUAUGAUUCCAUUAUGACUAUUUGGUUAUUGUUCCUUUAGGGCCCUAUUGAACACCAUUUUUUAUUUAUUAUGGAAUUCAGAAUGUACAGUAUUGACUGUGUGUUUCGUUUUUACUUUUUAUUGUGGGACCAAGUUGGCACUUUCAUUUCAUUGUUGCAAUAAAUAUUGAUUCAUGUGUUCUUUUCAUAGCUUAAUAUGAUAUCUUACCCUGACGGAGAGAUCUAACGGUUGAAAAGCUCCUUUUAAACUUAUAAUCGCAACUAUAGGUACAAAUAUUUACUCAACUAAGAUAACUCCUAUGUUAGCUUAUGUACUCUCAUUUAUAACAAUAUCUACGAUAUUAUAGAUUAUUUAUAAAACAAGGACAAAAAAAGAGAGUGAUAAAAAUAUUAGAAUCUUGAUUACAAUAUGACAUAUUUCAUAUGGCAAAAGGGUUGUGAUUGUAAUUUCAUGUGUCUACAUGAUAAAUCGAGUGUAGGACUGGAUGUACAGUAAAAGACAGCAUUGCCUUUUGCACUUCUGAGAUUUUUAAAGUAGAUUGAAAAGCCAUUUCUAGCCCUGCAAAGCAAUGCUAUCUUUUUCUAAAGCCUACCAAAGCACGCAAACAGCUCUGACAACUGCACCCGAUGACUACCACUAAAAAAUCCCAAUUGCUCAGUGUGUAACAAACAAGACUCUGAUACUCUACAAUGACAAAAAGCCACACUUAACCUUUCAAGAAAAAGCUGUGUAAAGAAUUAGAAUCUGAUGCUGUAGGAAGAUCCUAGUUGCCUUUGUGUAUAUCAACUGCCUGCUUGAGUAUUUUUGUGUGUGGAAAUUUUCUCUGUAAUCUUGUAGAACUGUUCGGGGUGUGUUUUCUGCCAUACUGCUGGCCCCAGUGGCAAGCUGACAGUUAUAUUGCUGUGUAUACCUUCAUUUUGAUGAGGUGUUUAACAAUUUCAUUUCAUUUUGUGUAGUGAUUCACUCUGUGGAGUUUCUGACUGUUGUUAUAUAAAUCAUCUACACAAAUGUUCAAUAAAAAUGUUUUAUUUCCUGUUGAUACAGAACUUUCUCAAGAGCUUUUUUUUUCUUCAGUGACCAUUAUUCCACUUUUUGAAUAUUAAAUUGGACUCUAAAUAGUGAUUUGGGGACCAUUUAAACAGUGUACUUUUGCAAAACCUCACAGAACUGAGUUGUAAUCUGAUUACAAAGUAAUUAGUUACUGAAAUCAAAUUACUUUUUAGUAAUUUAAGAAAUAGUUCAUCCAAACAUGAAAAUAGUUUUUGUCAUCAACCCGUAUGGUUUUCUUUUCUCCAUUGUACACAAAAGGAGAGAUUUUGAAGAAUGUACUGUUCAUUUUUUAUAUGCAAUCACAAAUGUUAAAAAGGAAGUCAUUCAGGUUUGGGUGAGUAAAUGAUGACAGAAAUAUCAUUGUGGGAUGAACUAUAAUUUGAACCCUAUAAUUUUUUAAUUGUAAUAAUAUAUAAAUUGUUUCCUUUAUCUGGGCAGUACAAGACUUUUCAGUCUUUGCCAUCUGAACAUAAAAUAAAAAAAUAAUUAAAAAAAAAGGGCUCGAGUCGAAAAGUCGUAAGUGGUCGUAUAAAAAAAGACACCUUUGGUUUUCAUAGUCAAAACUGACUGACCAUUGAAAAUGAAUGGAAAAGACCAAAGAACAGAUCAUUUAUUUGAUCUGUCAAAUACAAUCAAUAAAUAAAAAAUGACAGGGUGAGACUCCUCAGUGCAAAACACAAAUAAAUAAAUAAAAAAUAAAAAAAAUGACAGGGUGAGACUCCUCAGUACAAAACACACACACACACACAAAAAUUAACUGGUGAGACUAUAACAUAGAGCUUUGUUUUGUACAUUUGUCAAAUAAAAAAAUAUCAGUCACACACAGUCAGAAAUGAAGGGGUGGGACGAUAUCACACUCACAAUGCAGAACACACACCCACACACGCACGUUUGCU